AUGCAUUUCAGCACAGUUACUACCAUCUUCGGUCUUGUCGCUGUCACUAUUGCUGCCCCCGCCGCACCUUCCGGAGGCCCCCCGGCGGCGUCACCUAUGGCCAUCACCAAGGCAGCGAGUCGGUCUGCUUCUGCUGCCCUAGUGACGAGAAUGACCCCGAAUCUGGCAAUUGCAGCCGUCUCGCCGAGGACAAUACAUGCUAGGCGGAUUGGAACGUCUUCUGCUGUGACAUUCGGGAGGGGGUAUGCAGCAGUGUCGGUGAAUCGAGGACGUUGCUAG